UAACAGCUGUAGAGAUAAAAUUAGGCUUCAAGUAGUUAAGCUCUUAAGUGAAGAAACAAUUUUUUCAAACAUGUUGAACUGUGAUGAGGAUGAAGAUGACAAAGCACCUCCAAUAUUCAAGCCGGUGACAAUAGACAAGACUAUAGCGAAAACUAUAAGCGAUGCUUUGGUCCUUCGGUGGGAAAAAGAUUAUGUCAAGCAUGAAAAACAAGAGAUGCUUCCUCCUUUGACUACGACUUACAAGCAAUUCGACACGAUAAGAACGGUUCAUGAUUUACAUGAAGCGUUCAAAUAUGAAAUUGAAGAGUGUGCGAUCAAAAAGAGAGAAAGAGAAGAGGAUCUCGAGGAAGUGAAAAAAAUGUGCGAGGCUUAUAAAGAAACAAUGCUCAAUUUCACAACAUUCAUAAAGCACAACUCUGAAAAGAGGCAACGUACGCUGAAGCAAAUGGAGCAAAACCUGGAGGAACUUAAUAAGUGCACAUUUAAGAACAGACGGUACAUAAGAUGUGCGCAGGAUCUUCUGUACAUCAAAGAUGCUCUUGAACAACUCAUUGAAUCGAACACUUGCUAUGUGACGUUCAUGGAAGAAGUAGCCGGCCACUCUGUCCGUUACUCCUCAUCCCAAAGUGUUGCUGUCAGAUACAAAGCAUUAAGUCAGACAAGAGAACGCUUAGCAAGCAAAUACAAUGAUGUGCUUUUGAAAAUACAAGGUUAUCGUGAUGAGGUGUUCAAAGAGGACAAUAAGGGGUUGAGCGAUCUUUUCAUGUCCCUCCAGAGGCUUCAGAAGGUCAGCUAUGAGUUGGAACAGAUAAAAGAAAAGACAGCUCUUUUUGAGAUGUCCAUAAGUAAAAUACGAUCUCAAAGUGUAGAUCACAUGGUGGGCAUCUGCCAGAUUUUAAAAUCGUCAGAGAACAUGGUCAACAAACUUAUUCGCCACGGGAUAACAAACAGCAAAAUCAGGAACCUCUCACUAUCCGAGCAGUUUGAAAUCAUCAAAGCCGAACACUUCAGGCAAAAGAAAAUACUGAAAGAAUAUCAAACGACUAAGAACAGGCAUGCGAAGAGGCACGCCAAGAGGUUUACAAGAAUGAAGAACAGAGAGAUUGACAGAAACCUCGUGCUGGCGAAUAAGAGAAGAGUGAGGGCUCUGCAACAGAAUUGGCGCAGCAUGGCACAGAGACUGCGCCAAUCUGGAACAGAAAAAGAAAUAAAUGCCCUCACUCUCGACAUAGAAGAUGUUGCGUUGCUAACAGCAAAAGACCCAGAUGCAGACACAGACGGUCCCAGCAGAAGGGGACUCGAAGACAUCGAUUCGAGCGAUCUCGAAGCGACCACCACCAUUACCACUUCUUCAGUCACUACUGAUGAAGUAUCAAUGCUUAGUUCGGAUAGCACUGAAAUCCGUGACAUCAUAGUGAAGCCUAAAGAGGUCACCAUUAGUGCGACUUCCUUAGUUGAGCCGCUUGUUCUCAAGCAACGCUCGAAACGAGCAGAGAGGCUUAAAAAGCACUACCUAACCACCCCGAGUGUAAGCACACCUAUAUCAUCAUCAAGUACAUCAAGCGUGUACAGCGACCGCGCUGGAGAAGACAGCUUUGCAACAUACGACAGACUGGGUCUAGAAAUGGGUGGAAAAAUAAAAACGACACUUUCGGCCAUAGAAGAGCAUGAAGACCACCUAAAAGACAGUGAUGCCAGCAUUGAAACAAUUGAUACAUUAAGCGUUGAAAGCAGUAUCGAGAGUUUGCCUAGUAUAAUUAGCAAAAUUAGCCUAGACUCUCAGACUUCUUUUUAUGAGUAAUCGACCUAUCUGUUCUAUAGAUAUGUUUGCAAUCCUUGAUGUAAUAAUGCAAGGGUUCAUUGUGCAACAUUGUUGCAUAAUUUUUAUAUACAUAAAUAAUUUCGAAAAAUCCUUAAGAGUUAAGCUACAAAGCCUUACCUUCUUGAAUAAAGAAUGAUAUUACCGAGUCAAUACA